AUGAAUUUUAUAACAUUUUUGAGUCAAUUAGAAUAUCCUCAAGUUUCAACUUUAAAACCAGAACAAAUUUCAUGGAUUUAUGAAAGUGAUGAUUUGCAUUAUUUACUUGAUUGGUUAAGUGAAAAUAUUGAUAUUGAACAAAAUUAUAUUGAAUUUUCACGUGUUAAUAAUCAUAUUCGUAAAAUAAUAUAUGGGAAAGAACACGAGAUUCUUGAAAAUGAAAUUAAUAAUCUACGAAAAAGACAAGAAUAUGCGAUUUUUAAUCGUGAUCAAUUAAAGUAA